AUGACAUUACAAGAAAAUCAACAUAUCACUUUACCCUUGGUCAGCUGUAAAUGGACCUACGAUCAGGAAAAAACAAUGAUCGAGACGGCUGAUCGGAUGCAGAGUGCCAACAAGUCCUUUCGCAACGAGACUUCAAGUGAACAUUUGAAAAGUCUGUCAUCCGAUCAAAGCAAUCAAGAACUGCGACAAGAAAAGCUAGGAUCCGAAACAGCUCAUGAUUUGUCUAUAAGCUUGAUGGCUGAUUCUUCAAUCUUAAGCAACAAAUCCACUAAGAAAAGAAAAUUUGUCAAGGAGAAAUCGGCUUCAAAUGAAGAUGUUCAAGGAAGAUUGACUUCAGCUGUCUCGACCAUAAGAUCAUCAGAAUCAGUAAGGAAGAAUCCUCGCAAGUCAACUGCUCAAUUGUUUAUUGAUUCAAUGGAAUCUAUGCAAGACAUAUUCCUUAAUAAAAUGAAUGUGGAUCUUACUGCAUCUCCAUCAGGAAGCAUGAAAGCACCUUUAGAGUAUGUGGCGAUGGCUGUUGAUUUAUUACAAAAAAUGAAAAAUCUAGAUACAGAAUUAUUGUUCAAAGCAUUAGAUCUAUUCAAAGACCAACAGGAGUAUGCUGCAAUGUUUGUAGGCCUUCAAAAUCAAGACUUGCGAAUUGAUUGGCUAAAGUAUAAACUUGAACGUCUUUGGUCAGUUUAUCUUAGAGUUUAA